UUUUAAAAUUGUGUAGAGUUGAGUAAAAAAAAUGGCGAUGAAUAAUGUGUUGGCUAUUGUUGUCGUUUUGAUGGUCGCUAAUGUGAAGGCAAUAAAAACAACGGUGCGUGUUGAAAAUGAUUUGACAGUUGACACCAUUCUCACUCUCCAUUGUAAAUCAUCAACCAAAGAUCUUGGUGCAAAAGUACUUCACAGUGGACAGUACAUAGAAUGGUUUUUCCAACCCAAUGAAAAUACUAAAUAUUGGUGUUCCGUUUUAUGGAACAAUAUUCAACAAAAGAACAUUGUGAUUUAUGAUGCUGCAAAGGAUGCAGAAAUAUGCACAGAUAAAUGUUGGCGUGGUAUUAGUCCAGAUAGAAUCUAUUUUUACAACCAGUUUAAAAGCACCUGGGAAAACCGAUACCAUUGGAAUUGAUAUAUUUUCAACUGUUACUGAUCAACUCACAGAUAAAUAAUAAUAAUAAUAAUAAU